AUAGAAUAAUGUAAGGUUAUAUUAUUUUUAAAUAAUAAACCACUUAAUUAUUAGUAAAAAUGACUGACAUAGAUCGAGAAUUUACUUGCAUUAAUUGUGGCAGACAAGUACAAAGUUUGUAUAAAAAAUAUAGCGAAACCGUAUUAAAAUUAACAGAAUGUAGCAACUGUUGUCGAGUUUCAGAUAAGUACAUUGAGUAUGACGUGGUAUUAGUCAUUAUUGAUGCAAUUCUUCUAAGAAUUUGUGCCUUUCGACAUUUGCUCCACAAUACAAUGCUUAAGAAUUUUUGGAAAGUUAUACCUUUUAUAAUUCUAAUGGAAACAUACACAGAAUGGAUAUUAGUCACUCAACAAAAGAGUAGAGAAUAUUUAACCCCCAAUGAGUAUAACAUUUCAAAUCAUUAUUUCAACAAUAUAAAUAUUUAUCUUGAUGACAUGAAAUUCUAUAAAUUGGCAAUAAUUGUGUCUCUUAGACUGUUGGCAUAUAUAAUUUUUAUUUACUCUCUUUCAAAGCUGUACAGUGUUAUAAAAAAGAGGAAAGUAUCAUUCACUUUAAUAUGCAAAACGGUAACAUUAUCAAAUUCUGGAAUAUUUUUAUUACUUCCAUCAAUAAUUUGGGACUUAAUUGUUCAAGAUAUCAAUAUACAAUUUGUUUUUCUCUAUACGACUUUAUCACAGCUAAUAGCUUACACAGCUGCCACCAAUUGCCAAAAGAUUUGGAGUAUUGUUGUCAUAUUAAGUGCAAUUAUGGGUAAAAAAACCUUUAAUGAUUAUUGUAUUUUUAAUUUUAUAAAUUAGUUUCCUAAACAAAUAAAACAAUAUUUUCUUUACAA